AUGCAAAGCUUCAAGACCGCUCAAUCCACCCCUCAACAACUCUAUUGCCACCCCUCCUUCUUUCUUCGGGGGGACGAUCUCGCCAGGAAUCCUACGCGUUUCUCUGAUCUUGGAGACCUUCAACAUUCCGUUUCUCCCUUUCAACAUGACGAUGCUGUUGAUUUAAGCACAAGCUCUAUGUUUACUGUGAAGUCCAGCAAUGUCGCUGUUGUUCCUAUUAACUUGCAGUACGGGACAUUGAGCUCGAACAUCGGGUCUUCAGAAAUUGCUUCAACAGGGGCUGGGUGCCUUGAUACAGGGCAGCACCUCAUGUAUCAGAAGGGAAUCACUGCUACCGGUACCGCCGUGCCGGUGGGGAACGGACAUAUGGAGAAUUGGGGUGAUUCCGGCAUGGUAGAUAAUAGCCAACACACUGACACUUCCACAGAUAUCGACCCUGACGAUAAAAACCAAUGUAAUAGAGUUCAAACUGGGAGAGCGGUGGUUGCUGAUUCCAUGGAUCAACCUAGAGCCAAACCUGAGGAUUCGAAGACUCUUCGUAGGCUCGCUCAAAAUCGAGAGGCUGCGAGGAAAAGUCGGUUGAGGAAAAAGGCAUAUGUACAGCAGUUGGAGAACAGUCGUCUCAGACUAGCACAACUAGAACAAGAGCUCCAACGCGCACGUCAGCAGGGAAUGCUUGUUGCAAGUGGAUUUCCUGGGGAUCAUGGUCAUUCUAUGGUUGGAAAUGGUGCCUUAGCAUUUGACAUGGACUAUGCGCGCUGGGUCGAUGAGCAUCAACAGCUGAUAAAUGACCUAAGAACGGCUGUUAAUUCUCAAAUGGGAGAUAAUGAACUGCAUAUUGUUGUUGAGGGUGUUACAACACACUACGAUGAAUUAUUCAGGUUAAAAAGCAUAGGGGCAAAAGCUGAUGUGUUUCACAUGCUCUAUGGAAUGUGGAAGACGCCUGCAGAAAGAUGUUUUAUGUGGUUAGGUGGGUUUCGAUCAUCUGAACUUCUUAAGAUACUGAGGAACCAGCUUGAGCCAUUAACAGAGCAGCAGCUGAUGGGGUUGUAUAAUUUGCAGCAGUCUUCGUUGCAGGCUGAGGAUGCUUUAUCACAAGGCAUGGAAGCAUUGCAUCAAUCUCUUUCAGAGACACUUUCCUCAGCCUCCCUCGGACCUACCGGUUCAGGAAAUGUUGCCGAGUACAUGGGUCAAAUGGCACUUGCUAUGAGCAAGCUUGCCGCGUUGGAGAGUUUCCUACAUCAGGCCGAUCUCAUGAGGCAACAAACACUGCAACAACUGCAAAAAAUCUUGACAACCCGACAAAUAGCGCGCGCAUUCCUCAUGAUAAAUGACUACAUUUCGCGACUACGAGCACUUAGUUCGUUAUGGUUAGCUCGCCCUAGAGAUUAGAGAAUGAUGUACGGUAACUCAAAAUCGGUUACAUGAAGAACCCUUAGGUUUUUGGUAGUUGCUGCUAAUGGUCUGUAAUUUUCUGUAGAAGUAAAUGGUCUGCAUCACCCAUCCUGAUCUAUACAAGUGCUGAGAAUUAUUCUCUGUAUAUUAUAUAACCUUUUUCAAAGAGGU